CUCGCCCUCCUCUCCUGGCCUCUAGGCUCCCGCACGUGGUAGGCACCAGUUUAGUCGCCAGCAGGCAGGCAACAGCCAGCGGGAGGCGGACGCCUGGGUGCCAGCGCCACGCGCGUUCUCGCCAUUCUCACUCAUCCUCCGCGCGCCCUCUCCCACUUGCCUCUAAAGCCGGGUCACACUUGGCAUUUGCAGCCCGCCAUCCGUCCCUGGACUUGAAAAGGAGAUCGGAAAUACUGCCCUGGAGGUGCGGGUGAUGCUUCGCUGGGUUCGUUCAGUUGCUGGAAAGAAUGGUAACAUGAACAGUGGAGCGUGAGAGCGUCAGCAGAGGAAGGGGACAAGAUUGAUGGGCAGAGGAAACACUUCUCUGAGUAUCCUAUUCCCUGGACUGCACGACUAAGGGAUGUCUUUGCUCCUGCACUUCCUGGCUGGACUCUGCUGACAUCUGUAGCCUCCUUUAGCCAGGUCCCCAGGUCGCCUAAAUGCUGCCUGCAGAGGAGUGGUCUGACAGCGCAUGAGGAUCCAGGAGUUUGUGAACCCUUUUUCAAACAUAGUUCUGACCUGGUUAUGGUGUCCCUGGAUUCUGCCUGGCAAGCUGGCUCCAGAGGGAGUUGAACUUGAGUUCAGGUGGGUUAUCCCAAGGCAAGUAAAGGAAGAGCUGUUUGGUGAAAAUAAGGGAGGUGAUGUUCCAAUGUCAAAAGUGGACACUUUUCUUCCAGACACUUGACUGGACCAAGCCACUCCCUCCCAUUCAGUUCUCCCUCUUAAUCUCCAACUCUACAUCCCAGACCUCCCACACUAAGGGCGGGGGAUGGUGGACAAACAGCUACAGCAAAACACCUCCUAUUUACUGACAUUUCUAGCAUGCUCUGACUUCCUCAUAACUUAUCAUUAUUCUAUGAAACGAUCGUAUUUACUCCACUGCUUUUUAUUAAUGGAGGUCAAUAGACUUAAUGAUUUCCUCAGUUGAGUCAUUUAUUUCUAAGCCAAUAGAUAAUGCCGUCGUCAUAAUUUUCUGGAGAAAAGUAACUGUGCAUUUGUUCUGCAGAUGGCCAACUCCCUCUGAACCCUGCAGAUUGGUGCUGAGCAAGCAACAAAACUUUGUAGCAUCCUCUCAGCUUCUGGGGGCUUCCCAGGAGAGAGAAAAGGACUUUGGCAUUAAAUACAAGAAGCAGGCAGGGAGACCUCUCUAACUUUUCUCCACUUUUACCAUUUGCAAUGAAGAGGAAACAGAAGAGAUUUCUGCAAAUUACUUUGUUAUUCACCGUGGCUUUAAUUUUCCUGCCCAAUAUUGGUCUCUGGUCUUUGUACAAGGAUAAACACCUAGUGAAACCUGCAGAACCUGCUGAGCAUCAGACAUUUCCACUGGGCCUUGGAGAUGGGCCGUUCUAUUCAUGGACAGAUGGUCUGAGAAGAAAAGACUGGCAUGACUAUGAAAGCAUUCAGAAAGAGGCUUUGCGCUCAGGGAAAGGUGAACAUGGAAAACCAUACCCCCUUACUGAAGAGGACCAUGAUGACUCAGCUUAUAGGGAAAAUGGCUUCAACAUUUUUGUCAGCAACAAUAUUGCUUUAGAGAGGUCUCUACCAGACAUCCGUCAUGCUAACUGUAAGCACAAGAUGUACCUCGAAAGGCUGCCAAACACCAGCAUCAUUAUCCCAUUUCACAAUGAAGGCUGGACCUCACUUCUGCGGACCAUACACAGUAUAAUUAACCGAACCCCAGAGAGUCUGAUAGUAGAAAUCAUUCUAGUCGAUGACUUCAGUGAUAGAGAACACUUGAAGGAUAAGUUAGAGGAUUACAUGGCUCGGUUUUCCAAAGUGAGAAUUGUUCGCACCAAGAAAAGGGAAGGGCUCAUCCGGACCCGACUUCUGGGAGCUUCUAUGGCCAGAGGCGAGGUGCUGACCUUCCUGGACUCCCAUUGUGAGGUCAAUGUGAACUGGCUGCCCCCACUCCUCAACCAAAUUGCACUAAACCACAAAACCAUCGUGUGUCCUAUGAUCGAUGUCAUUGACCACAAUCACUUUGGGUAUGAGGCACAAGCUGGGGAUGCCAUGCGAGGCGCCUUCGACUGGGAAAUGUACUACAAAAGAAUCCCCAUCCCUCCAGAGCUCCAGAGGGCUGACCCCAGCGAGCCUUUCGAGUCUCCUGUUAUGGCUGGAGGACUCUUUGCAGUGGAUCGAAAGUGGUUUUGGGAGCUGGGUGGCUACGACCCAGGCUUAGAAAUCUGGGGAGGAGAGCAGUAUGAAAUCUCUUUUAAGGUUUGGAUGUGUGGAGGAGAAAUGUUUGAUGUUCCAUGUUCUAGAGUUGGUCAUAUCUACAGAAAGUAUGUCCCUUACAAAGUUCCGUCUGGGACCAUCCUGGCACGAAACCUGAAGAGGGUGGCUGAGACCUGGAUGGAUGAAUUCGCGGAGUACAUUUACCAGCGGAGGCCGGAGUACAGGCACCUCUCCACCGGGGACAUCUCUGCCCAGAAGGAGUUGCGCAAGCGACUCAAGUGCAAAGACUUCAAAUGGUUCAUGGCUGCGGUGGCCUGGGACGUGCCGAAGUACUACCCUCCGGUAGAGCCCCUGCCUGCUGCGUGGGGGGAGAUUCGGAACAUGGCAGCAAACUUAUGUGUGGACAGCAAGCAUGGAGCCACAGGGACUGAGCUGAGGCUGGACAUCUGUGUCAAGGAUGGUUUGGAAAGGACAUGGUCUCAUGAACAGCUCUUUACUUUUGGGUGGAGAGAAGAUAUUCGACCCGGCGAGCCUCUGCACACCCGAAAAUUCUGCUUCGAUGCCAUCUCACACAGCAGCCCUGUCACGCUCUAUGAGUGUCAUGGCAUGAAAGGGAACCAGCUCUGGGGAUACCGGAAGGACAAGACACUAUUUCAUCCUGUGACCAACAGCUGCAUGGACUGCAACCCUGCAGAGAAGAAGAUUUUCAUGGCCAGAUGUGAUCCUCUCUCUGAGACUCAGCAAUGGAUUUUUGAACACAUCAACAUGACUGUUUUAGAAAAAAAUAGCUAUUAUGCCAACUCCUAGAAAAGAAAGAGGAGUGAUUACCUACAGAUUGGGUACUGUGUUGUCAUGGGCACCUGGGUCAAAGGAGUCAGGAAUAACAUUUCCUAGAUCCAGGAAGCCUGGUUGAAAGAUGUAUAAAUGCCAUGUCCACUUAGCCUGUCUGGGAGAAGCCUGGGAGAAGCUCACACAUCUGAAGAACUUGGCUGAAAGCCUCACCAGCUGCUGCUGAGAACUCGGGACUAGCAGUUCCCUUGCUGGCCAAGGGUUAAGAUUAUUUAGGGACUGUUCGCCACGACUGCUGAGUUAAUCGAUCCUAGCAUUUCUCAGGUCAAAUCCUGCAGUAGUGAGUAGCUAUGAAUGGAUCCUACUAAUCGGGUGGGAGGGGGGUGGAAACAGAGUGCAUGACUGCUCUGGCAACCUGAGACUACCACAGGUCUAGAACUAGCUUGAGGGG